GCGACGGCGCGGCGCCGCCGCCGGCCCAGCGCCCGAGGCUGUCGGCCGCGAGGGGCCCUGCAGGCGCAGAGCUGUUCUCGCGGGACCCCGCCGACCUGCUCUGCCUGGACCGGGCGACGUGGAUCGCGUGGCCGCGGCACGCGGGCGCGCGCAGAAGGGGGAAGGACGUGCGGGAGGACGUGUGGACUCGGGGUGUCUUUCUCCUGCGGAUCGUGUUCAAGAAGGAGAAGGACGUGUCCUACGACGCGAAGUGCCGCGCGCUGGAGGUGUUCUUCCGCAUCACCCCGCCAGAGGACAUCUCCGCCGUGUACCGCAACCCGGUGGAGGAGUUGCGAGAGAUCUGGAAGCUCUAUUUCUACAUGGACGCGUUCGAGCGCUUGGGCGCGCCCCAGGACUUCAAGCGCUUCUACCAGUGCAGCAAGGACGGCAUGGCGCGUUCCCUGUGGCGGUCCCACCAGUCCGACCCCAGGAUGGUGCAGGUGAUCGCUGCCCUGUGCCUCGACUUCUCCGUGAGGGACGGCGGCUUCUGGGCCUCCGUCCUCGCUGGGCUGCACGCCCACUCGCUCCGAGAGUUCGCCCGGGACGUGCUGGUGGCUCUGCACGAGGGGCUGAUCCUGGACAUGCCGCACGAGGAGGCCCUGGUGGCCGCCGUCUGCGCCCUGGUCGAUGCCCCCCUCGCCGCGCUCGAGGCCUGGGCGGCCGCCGGCGCGCCCGCCACGCCGCCGCAGACUGGCGGCAUCCUGCCCCUGCUGCCGCACAUCUUGAGGCGCAGCCCCUUCGCCGCCGACCUGCAGCCCGCCGCGCUCGCCUCGCGCCUGCUGCGCCUCGCCCGCGCGCCGGGGCUCGCGCCGGGGGCCCUCGGGCGCCCGCGGACCGUCGGCGUGGCCGCGCAGGGCGUCCACGGAGCUGGCGCCGCCCUCGCGGUGGCGCUGUGCGACGCCUCCCACGCCCGCCUGCGGGCAUUCGUCUGCGAGGAGGUCAUGCCUCACUGCCCGCGGCUGAUGCUCGACUGCGUCCCGCGCUGCACCGGCGCCGCGCGCGCCGCGCUCUUCCAGGGCAUCCUGGCCUGCGGGCUGGCCGCCGAGGCGAGGCUGCAGUUGCCGGACCUGCUGUUCGGGGAGCUCGUCGAGCACGCGAUCGCCGGCAGGGACGUGCGGGGGCUGCUGGAGGCCGCGCUGGCCGCGGGGGAGCUGGAGGGCGCCAGGAGGCUGCUGGCCCGCUUCGCGCGCGUGCACCGCCUGCCGCCCGUGGGCCGGCUGCUGGAGCAGGCCGGCGAGGGCGGGGGCGCCGCGGGCGGCGAGGGCGCGGCCGCGCAGCUCCUCGGCACGCUGCGUGCGCUCUCGGCGUCGGAGGCCGUGGGCGAGGGCUGCCGCGAGCUGCUGCGGGACCUGUGCAGCCCGGAGGGCGGCGGGGACAGCUCGGAGGUCCACGUAGGCGGCCGCAGUGUGCUGCAGGGCCGGCUGGCCAUCCUGCAGUCAUGGUCGACCGCGCGCGUGCUGCUGGACUCCGGGCCUCGCUUCGACCCGCAGGUGACGGGCAUGUCCCGCUGCGACCUGCACUGGGUCUACGCCGCGGGGGCGGGUGCUCGGGCACCGGGGCUCCCACAAUGGAGUCUAGAGGAGGUCUUCCAGAGGGAGACGGGCGACCUCCCAGAGUUCUCCCCGUGGGUGGACGCCAGCAGCGCCGCCUUCUGGCAUGCGGACCUGGACUCCUAG